AUGUCCUCAGAGCACGAUGCCGUCAGAAGGGAUCCGCGGAAGCUGUCAAGGAGGAGACAGCCUAUCCGGCAGCCGUCGUUGAAGUAUCCUGAGAGGCUGACAGAGGGAGAAGAUGUACAAGAUGAUGUGACUGCUACGAAUGGUCAGCCAGCGCAAUAUAUGAAUCAGUCUGUAUUUUCAAUGAUUGCAGCUGCUGGCUCGAAAGUUGAUUUCCAUGCUCGCUUUGAUGAAGCAAGCAGUGAGAGCGAAGAGGACCCUGUAAUUGAUACAGCAACACUGCAACUCGCUUCUUCCAUGCCCACUAAGCAUCCUGUCGAAGCACAAAACACGGCACUGGAAGAAACCGUUGUAGCCGCAAAAGCCACCACAAAGCAUCCGAGACUUGGGGAAAAAGGAGGGUUUCGCACACUUCCAAAGCUCAAUUUGAGGACUGUCAACGAGAAAACCUAUAUGUCGCAAAGUAUUAUUCUACCGUCCCCAAAAGAUUCACCAAGGAGCCCAAAGGGACUCACCCCUAGAGAUGCCCCGGUCAUGAGCAAGAUGCUAGAAGCUCAAGCCGAUUCGAGCCUCUCCACCAUGCUUUCAAAGGAGCAGAAAGAAGAAGCUAUGAGGAUGCAUCAAGAAGGUGCAAGAAAACCUCCCAGUGCAUUGGUCCUACGUUUGAAGGAGAUUUUCGGGUUUGAAGAAGCCGAAGAGGUCAUCGCUGAGUAUCCAUGCUGGCUUCUACAAAGCGUUCUCCUUCAGGGCUAUAUGUACAUCACCUCGAAACAUAUCUGCUUCUACGCCUAUCUGCCAAAGAAAUCCGAUCUCGUCUCGAAAUCAGGAUAUCUUUCGAAAAGAGGCCGACAGAAUCCUACCUACAAGCGAUCUUGGUUCACUUUACAAGGCGAUGUGCUAUCUUACUAUGCGGGACAAUCAGAGCGAUACUUUCCGAGCGGGAAUAUAGAUCUACGAUACGGCAUCUCCGCUUCGCUAUCUCACGCGAAAGACAAUAGCAAAGAAGUAAAAGACUUUUCUAUAAUUACACAUAAACGAACGUUCCACUUCAAAGCCGACAGUGCAGCAAGUGCUAAAGAAUGGGUGAAGACUUUGCAAAAGGUCAUCUUCAGAUCUCACAAUGAUGGCGACAGUAUCAAGAUAUCUCUACCUAUCGAAAACGUAAUCGAUAUUGAGGAAAACCCCGUAAUUGACUUUGCGGACACCUUCAAGAUUCGUGUAGUAGAUAGCGAGGAGACAUACGCAAUAGACGAAUACUUUUUUUCAUUCUUCAGCUUCGGCAAGGAUGCUCUCGAUGUUUUAGGUUCUCUCAUUGAUGGUACGACCGCGCAACACCUACCGUCGGAUCUUCUCACGAAUUUACCCAUGAACGACGGCGCUCCAUCACGCGAGGCCUCGCAAUCUCCAAUACCUAGACAAAGACGUGGAUAUCGGGUUGCAAGCCCAAUGUCGCCAAGGACACCCGUGCUGCACGAUCAAGUACGAGCUACUCUAAUGCCAAGUUCUCCAGUACCUAGUAGCCAGGCAAGCCCCCGUCCUAGUCGAGAAUUCAUGCGGAAAAGUAGCGAUACAAGUCGUAAGAGCUUAGAGCUCGGCCGGAGGAGUCUCGAAGUGUCCAAAAGAGAUUUCAGUCGUUCAAGUUUCGAUAGAGGUAGGAGAACGGCGAGCUCUAGCCGCACAAGAGAUAUUUCCAGUUGUGACCGUCGGAAAUCGCCAUCUACAGCACCUCAGGCUUCAAUGGAUUCGUUCGUGCAAUCUCUUGAUCUGACAACCGGAUCGUCUGCGCCAGACGUUGAAAGCAACAACACGCAAGCUUCUCAAGCUUCCGGGAGUCAGAUAUUACAACGAAGUGACGUCUUUCAGUCCCCAGCUGUUCGCCGUUUACAGCAAGCCAAAUCGCUCAGCCGAAAUGGAAGCCCUGCAAGAUCUCCUGAGUCUGUUGGUACCAAUUCCCCACCUAGCAAUAUACAGGUUCAACCACCAACAAGAAAUCAGACAGAGCAAAGUCUAGUUCUCAAGUCUCAGAUUGGAGACAGGACUAGAACCUCGUCAUCACAGGCACAGUCACCGACACUCCAACAACUUGUCAGAGCCGGUGGCUAUCCGCUACAAAAAGCCGCUGGAUUCACUAAUUAUCUUCGAACACGCUCCAAAAGAAUGAGUAAUAUUCUUGCUACAGAGUCGAUGGGAUACGUAGAGAAGGUGUCCGAUAUGUGGGCUGGGGGUCGAAAACAUUACGGUCAGGAGGAAGGCCUAAUGGCGGAGGGCAUAGAUAACGCAGCCGAGGAAGGGGUGGAGGCAGGCUAUGGUGAUCGAUUCAGGGCACACUUUGCUCUGUCGCCGUCGGAAAAAUUGCGAGCCACAUACUAUGGGUACUUACAUCGAGUGCUUCCUCUGUACGGCAAGAUUUAUAUCAGCAACAAGAGCUUCUGUUUUCGAAGUUUGUUGCCCGGCACGAAGACAAAAAUGCUCCUGCCAUUGAAAGACAUUGAAAAUGUGGACAAGGAGAAAGGCUUCAGAUUUGGCUACUACGGGCUUGUCGUUGUUGUCAGGGGUCACGAAGAGCUGUUUUUUGAGUUCAACGAGCAUGAUACUCGGGAUGAUUGUGUUAUUACCUUGCUUGGAAACCUUGAGUCCAAGAGAUAUGAAGGAGAGUCGAAGUUCGUCAUCAGUGAGGACAAUGAAGUCGCGGAAAUUGCAAAAGCUGAACACAAAGCACUACAAGAGGCACGGCAAGAUGGUUUCAAUGAACACGAGAUAAAGAUGCCAACUUCUGCAGAAAGAUCCUCUCAGCCAGCAGAAGCUCCACCUAUACUCUUCGAUGAUCCCCGAGCCUCUAUCCUGAACUUCAAACCCACUGAAUCGCUUCGGAUCACCUGCCUUACGAUCGGAUCUCGUGGUGACGUGCAGCCAUAUAUUGCCUUAUGCAAAGGCCUGAAGACUGAAGGCCACAGGCCCAAGAUUGCCACUCAUGCUGAGUUCGAGCCCUGGAUCAGGAAGCACGACAUCGAUUUUGCUCCCGUUGAUGGUGAUCCAGCAGAAUUGAUGCGAAUUUGUGUGGAGAACGGCAUGUUUACCUACUCUUUUCUUAGAGAGGCUUCAGUCAAGUUUCGCAGCUGGAUUGAUGAGCUCCUCAGCUCUGCUUGGAAAGCAUGUCAAGAUACUGACAUCCUGAUUGAAAGCCCAAGCGCAAUGGCAGGCAUACACAUAGCUGAAGCCUUGGGUGUACCUUACUUUCGUGCCUUCACGAUGCCUUGGACCCGCACACGUGCUUACCCCCAUGCGUUCGCAGUACCCGAACGAAAAAUGGGGGGUGCUUACAAUUACAUCACAUAUGUCAUGUUCGACAAUGUGUUCUGGAAAGCGAUUGCUGGGCAGGUAAACCGUUGGCGCAAGAAAGAGCUUGGCCUCCGAAGCACUACCAUUGACAAAAUGCAGCCAAACAAAGUUCCAUUUCUUUACAACUUCAGUCCUUCUGUUGUGGUCCCUCCCCUUGACUACAGCGAUUGGAUCCGUGUGACAGGCUACUGGUUCCUCAACGAGGCUACAGAUUGGACGCCGCCUGAAGAGCUUGCGGCUUUCAUCAGGAAGGCCCGUCAAGAUGAGAAAAGGAUUGUGUACAUUGGUUUUGGUUCUAUUGUGGUCUCGGACCCUGCUGCUCUGACCAAAACAGUGGUUGAUUCAGUGCUGAAAGCGGACGUCCGGGCAAUUCUGUCCAAAGGGUGGUCCGACAGGCUUGGGAACCAGGAUGUUGGCAGAACAGAGAUUAGUCUUCCACCAGAGAUCUUGCAAAUCAAAUCUGCACCUCAUGACUGGCUCUUCGGCCAGAUUGAUGCGGCUGCCCAUCAUGGCGGUGCAGGAACCACAGGCGCAAGCCUUCGUGCUGGAUUACCAACCAUAGUCAAGCCGUUUUUUGGCGAUCAAUUUUUUUUGGCUCGCGUGUCGAAGAUCUUGGGGUCGGCGCAUGCUUGA